AUGACCGGGCACGCCGAUACCGAAGAGCUCACCGAGGAAGUUCGCGAAACGAUAAUCCACCACAACAGAACAUAUCAGCGCGCCUCCAUAGAUCGCAAGAUAUACUUUGUGCCGGUCGACGAGGAUGAGACGAUUCGUCUGCGCAUUCAGCACGAUGUCUUAACCAUGAUGUUCGACGGAAGGUCUAUCUUUCCGCCCAUGGGAGCAUUAAGACGAGUGCUCGACUGUGGUUUCGGAACGGGCUUAUGGGCUUUUCAGGUAGCCUGGGAGAACCCUAGAUGCGAGGCAUGUAUAGUUAACGGCAUCGACGUAAGCCCCCACCACUACAACCCUGAUGAGAGUGUUGAGAACCUCUACCUUAAUGUCGACAACCUCAAUAUGCCGCUUCAAUUCCCUCCGAAUAAUUUCGACCUCGUGAAUAGUAGACUGGUAGCUGGAGGUAUUGACCGGAAUCGAUGGCAUGGGUACAUGCGCGACAUCCUGCGGUGCCUUCGUGGGGGCGGAUGGUGCCAGAUGGUCGAGAUGGACUUUAAUGCGCAAUCCGACAACGGUACAUUGACAGAUGGACACGCGCUUCGUCAAUGGUCAGAUAAAUAUCGAGCAGCAACAGGACAGUUCAAAAACCCAGACGCACCACGGCGUCUUGGGCAUUGGAUGAGAAACGCUGGUUUUACCGAAGUCGAGGAACGAAUGAUUCCCCUUCCGAUGUGCGGCUGGUCUGAUAGUCAGAGAGAAUUUGAUAUUGGUACUGCCAACCAAGAAAACGUUCGCUUGUUGUUGGGUUCGUUGGCUCUAUACCCAUUUACAGAAUUACUCGGCAUGACUAUUACGGAAUUCCACGUUCUAGUAGCCCAGGCAAGAGUAGAGGCAAGUACCCCUGCACUUAAGAAAGCCAAGGCGCUGAGAUGGUCGGGCGACUAUUUUUUGACGGGUUUUGCGGAGGGGAUCCUUGCCGGGUUGGAGAAAAGGUAUAGGGGCGCUGCACAGGUGGACAUGGACCAAGUUGAUGGAUUCAUGAUCGUGUCGCUUGAUGGCUCGUUUGUCCUAGGCAGUUAA